AUGUGGAAUUGUACGUCUUGCAAUGUACCGUUCGAAACAUUAAAUGAAUAUAUGAAUCAUGUUCAAAAACUUCACAAUCAUGACACAAAAUUGAUUAUUUCAUGCCACAUUUGUAACGCAACAUUUAAAUCCCUACAUAGUUAUCAAUCGCAUUGGACAGUAGCUCAUGGAACGGCUGAUGAAUCAAGUGAUGAUCAAUCCGAAGAUGGCAAUAAUAAUCAAGAUUUUGAUGAUGAAAAUAUUCCAAAUUUUCAAGUGUUAAAUACAAAUGAAAUUGAUGAUGAUGAUGAAGUUGAUCCAAUUGUACAACCAAGUGAUCGUGCAGAACAUGUUGCACAACAAGUGUUAUAUAUGUUAUUAACUCUACAAGUGAUGCAUAAUGUUUCUGAAGAAUGUGUUAAAUAUGUUGCAAAUAGUUUAUCUGAAAUAUUUAUUGCAGCAUCUGAUCAUUCAGAUUUAAAUUUUGUUGCAUCAAUGACAAAAAAAUUUACUAGUAGUCAUAUACGAACAAAGAAAGCAACGGAAUAUUAUGGAUAUGUUGCACCGAUCACUAAAUCAUAUGAAGCAAGUUUUUUAUAUAAUUUGUUUACUGUUAAAAUUGCGAAGAAAAAAGAAGAAAAGAAAAUUGUUAAAUAUGUAUAUGUUCCAUUUUUGAAGGGUUUACAACAGUUUCUUCAAUUACCUGAAGUUCAAUCAGAUUUAGAACGUGGACAACAACAAACUGGAAAUAUUAUGCAAGAUGUUAAUGAUGGUGAUCUUUGUAUUAAUCAUCCACAAUUUAAGAAUCCAAAAUUUUUAAAAAUUGAAUUAAGUUCGGAUGAUCUUAAUCUUACAAAUCCAGUUAGUCAUCGCUCUCAUUCAAUAUUCUUCUUCUAUUGGACAUUGUUAAAUUUAUCAAGAGAACAUAGAUCCAAACAAACAUCAAAACGUCUGGUAGCUGCUUGUCCAAAAUGGGCAAGAAAAUAUGAUGCAUUAUGUAAUACAGUUGAAGAUUUUCUUAGUGGAAUUCAAACAUUGUCAACAACAGGUUUGAAGGAUCAUAUUUUGCUUGUUUUCAAGCAGUGCGUGUUGAAGACUCAGCGGAUAGUGGUUAAUAUAAAUGGACAAGAUGAAAGAUAUUACGGUGGUUUAUUUAUGACGUUGGGAGAUUAUCCAGCACAAAUGGCACUUCAUGGAUUUAAAGAGAGUACAUCAGCAAACCAUUGUUGUUUUAAAUGUGAUAUAUUAUCUGAAUGUAUCGAAGAAGAUAUACAUAUUGAUUUAGAAGAUAUUACAAAUAAAGAAUAUAAACGACGAUGUAAUGAAUUAGAAUUCGUUCAGUAUGAUCCAUAUUCAUAUGAAAAAUUAUCCAAAAAAUUUGGAAUUAAUAACAGAAGUUUGUUUGAUCGAUUUAAUCAUUUUGAUGUUAUGGUUCAAGUCUUCUAUGAUCCAAUGCAUACAUUAUUAGAAGGUGUAUGUCAAAAUCAUUUUAACGCCUUCAUUGAAAAUUGUGUUGUUAACAGUCGAUUUAGUAUGCAAGAUUUAUGCAGUGUUAUCAACAAAUUUAAGUGGUAUAAUAAAAAUGAAUUAACGUGUAAACCAAAUUUAAAUCUGGCAUUAGAUGGUUUACGUAAUCAAAAAAUAAAUAGAAAAACAACACCUGAUUUAUUGGAAAAAACAAUACAAUAUCAUAAUAAAGAAUUUCGACGUUUAUAUCCAGGUAAGCAGUUUUGA